AUGCGAUGCGUGGUGAACAUUCCUAAGACCAGGAACACCUUCUGCAAGAAGUGCAAGAAGCACACCCCGCAGAAGGUUGCCCAGUACAAGGCUGGCAAGGCCUCCCUCUUCGCCCAGGGUAAGAGGCGUUACGAUAGAAAGCAGUCCGGCUUCGGUGGUCAGACCAAGCCCGUCUUCAAGAAGAAGGCCAAGACGACGAAGAAGAUCGUGCUCAGGAUGGAGUGCACCAUCUGCAAGCAGAAGCACCAGCAGGUCAUCAAGAGGUGCAAGCACUUCGAGUUGGGCGGUGAGAAGAAGAAGAAGGGAGCUGCCAUCCAGUUCUAA